ACCAACAAGAACAUUCUUAUCUUCGGAGCCACGGGACUCAUCGGAACACACAUCACCAACGCCAUCCUCACCAACAAACAUCACUUCGGCACCAUCGCAAUCUUCACCUCCCGAAACACACUCACCGACAAACCCGACCACAUCUCCCAUCUCCAACAUCAAGGCGUCAAAAUCCUCUCGGGCGACAUUACCUCCGACACCGACAUCACCGCAGCGUACAAUAGCCAUGAUGAUGAUGGCGGCUUCGACACCAUCAUUUCCGCCCUGGGAAGACCCGUCAUUGACACACAAGAAAAACUCAUCAGACUCGCCGCUGUUCAUCCUACUGUGAAAUAUUUUUUUCCUAGUGAAUUCGGUACUGAUGUGGAAUAUGACGAGACUUCUGCGCAUGAGAUACCGCAUCAGCGCAAGUUGCGUGUUCGUGCGCUGUUGAGGGAGAUAACAUCUACAUCUACAUUAUCAACAACAUCAAAAACGGGCAAUAAUGAUGAUUACAAUAAUCAUCUAGAGUAUACAUAUAUCGUCACAGGACCAUACGCAGAUGCCGAUCGAUCAUUAUAUCUCAGUGCACAACCGCCCGAGAAGGAAGCUUGGGGUACAUUUGAUGUACAUCGCAAACGAGCAGUAUUGCUAGGUGAUGGAAAUGGCAAAAUCUCCUUGACGACAAUGCGUGAUGUGGGGAAAUUUGUUGUUGCUGCUCUCUUACAACAACAAAAGCAACAGCAACAGCAUUCGGAUGGUAAUGCUAAUGGUGGUAAUGUAACAAAAAAUCGAGCAUUACGAGUAAAUUCCUUCACGACGACGCCGCAUGAGCUUCUGGCAGAAUUUGAGAGGCAGACGGGAGGAGAGAAAUGGCAAGUGGGAUAUACGAGUGUGGAAGAAUUGGAGCGGUUGGAAAGGGAGAAUCCGGUAGUGACUUUACGGCGCAUUUGGACGUCGGGGAAGACGUUGUAUGCGAAAGGAGAUAAUGAUGAGUUGUUGAAUGGUGCAGAGGAGGAUGAUGAU